UAUUUCAAGCGGUUAGCCAAUUAUAAAAUAAAACUUUGUUGUGGGCUUUCUCAGUUUCUGUCAAAUUUAGUAAAAUGUUAGUGAUAUACGGUAGUUAAAUUAACAUCCAAGAUUGGUACCUGACUUUUACAUUACACCUGAGAUCAUAGGAUCACUGAUUCAAGAUGGCCGUGUUUGAGAUCUACUCAUUACCUGCAUUGUAUCGAUACAAGUCGAGUGUUUGGUCGAAAGCUUCCUUCUAUGUCCUGGCAGUGAUAGUUUUAACUUUCAUACCACCUCUGCUAAUUGCAUACAGAAGCCAAGGAUUUUGGAUUACAACAAACACAUAUCAAGAACAACCAGACGUCACUUAUAAGAAACAACUUCUAAUCGUGGCGGAACUUGCAAACCCUGGUGAAUAUUUUGCAUGGAGCACGUAUGCAAAUUUUAACAAUUUAUUACAAGGCAAUUUACGUGUUCCCCAAGUGUCUUCCUUUGAACUUGAUAAUAAUCGUGAUGGUCUUAACGAUCAACUCUCGCUUAAUAUAAGUGUUCCCCUCACAUCUUCAGAACAGGUUGUUAGUGUUCACCUUCUGGUUAUCUUUGACUACAAGUUAUACAGAAUGUCAACAUUUGAAAUGGAGAGCAUGGUUUACGUAUCACAAUCUUCAGCUUUAAGUGGGGCGGGGGCGAAGGUGACUGGUGAUCUUGGAUUGUAUCAAAGAGUGCCGUUAUAUCACAGAGGCGCUGACAUUAGAUUCAAUACUCCUAUCAUUGAUUCGACAAGCACUUUUGCUUCAAGCUAUGAUUUAUUUACUAUCCUAAAAAACUACUCCCAAAGAAACAUUACCACAAGACUUGAAAACUCAUACAGUGUAUGGACGCCUGGGCGUUUGCCCACGGAGCCCUUUGUUUUACAACUCGAUGUCUUUUAUCCUACAGAAGUGAUAACCUACCAGCCUGGAUUUUGGGAAUUAAUCAAAUGGGGAUGGGUCCAAUAUGCCACCAUUUUGUUGCUCUUUUUAUGGGUGUUUAAACGAAUUAAUAGAACUGUAUUUGAAGGAAAUGUCUUCAAUACAGUAGUGCAACAACCAAAAGUGAAGAUAAUAAAGGGACUUUAGCAUGUAGAGUGGAAUUUAGAUUAAACUAUUUAGAUGAUGUGAACAUCUCUGUUUUACAUGAAUAUCAAGUGACUGAAGCUUUAGUUGGAUUCCUGACCCUUUUUUAUAUCAAACUUAUUCAUUACUCAACUCUCAAGCAUACAUGUCACAUUCAGAACCGGAUAUUUGGUUUGAAAUCAGAAUGGUUCGCUCCAGUAUAAUCAAACUGUGGCUAACUUGGGAGUUGAGCUUCUUCAGAACUGGAGCCACUAAAACUUCUGGUAGCUUGGAUUGGCCUCAGCUUCAAGUCCAAGUCCAAGAUAGGUUUUGUCAAGACUUUCAAGCUAGUCAGAAACAAUAAAUUCCAUUUGACAAAUAUUGUGGCCAUAUUGCUUCCUGGCUUUUUAGUUUGAAAAGUAAAAACUCCAACACCAGACACUGGAAGACUAAUUUUUGACUAUAAAAAUUUUGGUGUCGGUUCUGAUUUUAACUGAUGAAAUUCAGAAAAAAGGGUUUGGAAAUCAACUCAAAACUAUUAUAACAAAGUAUUCUUUCUACUGCAAUAGAGUAUCAGUAUAGAAUAAUUUCAUUUCUGGUUGUAUUAUUUUGGUAAACCAAUGGUUUUAUUUUGAUUAGCAAUUGAACGUAAUUUGAUAUCAAGGUAUUUUAUUUAGUGAUACCUAAUAUUUGUAUGAAUAUAUUUUUACAAAAAAA